UCAACGCCGGGGAGGAAGAGGAGAGAGGACAUAUAUAGGGAAAUUUUAUAUUUGACGUCAAAGAUAACAAGACUCAGUGUAAGAAAUGCAGCGUGAGAAUUACGGGGAAAAAACACAACAAACUUGAAGCGACAUUUACAGUCCAAUCACCCCGGAAUCCACACACAGCUGGGAGAUUAGAUGGCGCUUCAUAACUUCUCCCCAAGCAAGAUGGAGCUUUUCUUCCUGUCACUCAAAAACAAACAUGUGACCUGGACGAAUGCAGCUGUCACGAGACUGUUUUAUCAAAAGGAUGUUUGAAAAAGAGGAAGUCCCAUAUUUGAGUUCUACUCCUGGACUGUAGGUGGCAGAAGCGCCCAAUCUACAAAUAGCCGCGCAGUGACGUCACGGAUGAGGCGGCCCUCGGUAAACAGAUGUUUGUCGCCAAACAGACUAGCUGACAGAAUAAACUCUAACUCGACAAGGAAGAUGCUCUGUCGCCAUCAAUGAAGACUCGGUUCUUUUGCGACGCAGAUGGCAGCACAGAGAAGACAAAGAAAAGGAGAAAGAACUCACAGUUGUAUAUAUUUAAGUCAAUGUGUAUCUGCACUUUAUUUGCAACCCGUGAUGUGUUUGUACCACCAGGUGUUAUUGGGAGUCUUUAGCUGAGCUCCCUUCCUGUCCUUUCCGCUAUUGCUCUCCUCCUCGUCCUCCUCAUCCCUCCAGUCGUCCCUGUGAUGCCUCCCUCCUGCUGUGGCUUCCUGUCACAGUACACCCAUCAUCACCUGGUCGCCUUCCUCCUCACCUUCUUUAGUUAUGUGUUCCUGCAUGCAUCCAGGAAGACGUUCAGCAAUGUAAAAGUGAGCAUCUCCGCCCAGUGGACGCCGUCGCCUCAGAAUGCCAGCUCUCCCGCUUUCUCUCCGAGCGAGACAUGGGAAAGCAAUCGCCUGUUUGAGACUGAAGAGCAGGCCACACUCUUCCUUGGAGCGCUGGACUCCAUUUUUCUCUUUUCCUAUGCUGUGGGUUUGUAUCUCAGCGGCGUGAUUGGCGACCGAGUCAACCUGCGCUACGUGCUGUGUUUCGGCCUGUGCGGCUCCGCUGCCGUGGGUUUUGCGUUUGGCACGCUGACAGAGUGGCUCCACCUGUACAACAUCUACCUCUACUGUAGCCUGUGGGUUCUCAAUGGACUGCUGCAGUCCACCGUCUGGCCCUGUGUGGUCGCUGUCAUGGCUAACUGGUUCGGCAAGACGGGGAGCGGCUUUGUGUUUGGCCUGUGGAGCGCCUGUGCCUCGGUGGGCAACAUCCUGGGCGCCUUCCUGGCAUCCAGCAUGCUCAAGUACGGUUACGAGUACACCUUCCUGGUGACCUCAGUGGUGCAGUUUGCUGGUGGUGUGGUGGUCUUCUUCGGCCUGCUCACCUCUCCGAAAGAAGUUGGUCUGAGCACGGCGUGUGAAACUGGACUUAGUCCAGUUGAGACAGACACGCACAGACCUCUGAUGAGCGAUGGAGAAGAAGAGGAGGAGGAGAAUGAGGAUGGCGCGUACUCCCGCAACCACUCGGUUCAACAGCAGGAUGAACCUCGUGAGGAGUCAAAAGCUGUGGGCUUCUUCCAGGCUUUCUGUCUGCCGGGAGUUCUUCCGUAUUCGCUAGCGUACGCGUGUCUGAAGCUGGUGAACUACUCCUUCUUCUUUUGGCUUCCCUUCUACCUGAGCAACAACUAUGGCUGGAAGGAGGCCGAAGCUGACCGCCUGUCCAUGUGGUACGACGUCGGCGGUAUUAUCGGGGGAACCGUUCAGGGUCUGAUAACGGACGUCCUGGGAAAGCGAUCCCCAGUGUUGGGGUUAAGUCUGGCGCUAGCCAUGGCCUCCCUUGUGGGGUACAGCCAUUCACCAAAUGACAAGGCCGCCAACGCCGCCCUGCUGGCCAUCACCGGCUUCUUCAUCGGAGGUCCGUCCAACAUGAUCAGCUCAGCCAUAUCUGCUGAUCUGGGGAGGCAGGACGCCGUUCGGGGAAGUCGAGAGGCUUUGGCUACAGUCACGGGCAUUGUGGACGGGACAGGAAGUAUAGGAGCUGCCGGUGGACAAUACUUGGUGUCCCUCAUUGAGAGCAAGCUGGGCUGGCUAUCUGUCUUCUACUUCUUUGUCAUCAUGACAGGGGGCAGCGUUGUCUUCAUUGCUCCCUUGAUCCUGAAAGAUGUGCGAGCCAUGUGGAGAGAGCGACAGGCACUGCACCACCAGCUGUGAGACAAGUAACUUGCUUUGUGUCCUCCGUGGCAUCGCUACAACACUACUUUUAAGAAAAAAGAGCUAUUUUGGGAAGAGUUUUUGUUUAAACUUGUGUUGAAAGGCUGCAGUCAGCUGUGACAAGAGGACCCAGUCUUAGUAUGUACAUAUUUAAAAUGGCUGUAAAUAGCUACAAAAGAACUGUCGUGUAACAUAAUUCCGGGUUGCACGUGGAUGGGAUGGGUUGUUCCUGUAAAUACUGUAGAUAACACACUAAGAUUUAAUGUUUUCUAAUCAGUCAUUCAUUAGAAUGAUUUUAUUACUGCUUGGACUCUGCCCAUCAUUCCAACUUUCUCAUAGUACAACAUAAUGCUUUUGUCUUUGAGUCUUAAAUCCCAUGUUUACUGUCAGUUGGCCAGUAAUCAGCCGCCGUUAGGAGCGCGGUUAUAUUAGUGGCCGUGGGGGGGUCGAAAUGAUACUUAACCUUCCUCUUGUGUUAGAGUUCUGUUACCAUCUCUUAUGUUAACGGGUCAGUUUUGACCCAUGUCUUAAAACAGCUGUAAAAUACACUAAAAACAAUUAUCUAUCAUUCAAUUUGUUUCCCCAUCUCUUGGUUACCUUGUUAGGCUUCCUUAUCCAUGAAAAUAUUGGUUUUAAUAUUUUAAUAAUUUGGUGUGGGCCUUUUUUGUCAGUAUACCUCUCGAUUUCAAUUUAAAAAAUUGUCAAAUGAACCUCAAUAGAGUCGUAUAAAUGAAUAAAAGGUUGUUGUGUUACCUGACUAUUACUGAGGGGUAUUAGAACACAUCUCUUAAAUAUAUUUUUUGUAUUUAUUUUUUCAUUUUAAUAAUUUUAUACUGAAUUGACCUCACAUGUCUGGACAUGCCUGUCUUUGUUUGUUUUUGUACUGGAUAACAAGGUAAAAUGAGAAUCUCCUAAAAAAUAAAACACACAUGAGUGUUCAGUUUUGGCUCUAGGUAUUGCUUAAUAAUCUUAUUUUUAUAUAACUGGGUCGAAACCGACCCUAACAACACCAAGGUCAUAAUUUAAACCAGAGCAUUUUAUAAUUUAGUGAAAAAAAAAAGUUUUUUUUUGUUGAAAUAGAAGUUCCUGACAAAAGUCAAAAAGCCUUGAUGCAAAAAAAAUACAUUUAUGUGGUUCUUUUAUGCAUUUAAAAACGAAAACGGGUCGUUGCCGACCCUAACACAAGACGAAAGUUAUGUAGAAUGUAAAACUCAAGGAAUGUGUAACAAUCUGUACUUUUUAAGGCAUAUUUUGUUUUUAUUUAUGUGUACAUUCACACAUGUAAAUGUAGCAUUUUGUUUUUAAUAAAUUGUGGUUCAAUGUU